GAGAGAAGUUUAAAAACGGAAAUUGGAUGCAAUGAACUGCAAUGGCUGAUGGCAUGCCGAGGGUUAACGAGACUCGUAGAAUAAAUCCGAGUGGUGCAGGAAGGCACAUGUAGAGAACAACAAGGAAAAAGUAGGGAAACGCAGGGUCGUAACUUGGAGUUCGAAAAUACAGAAACGAAAACUUUUUGUUUCGCGGAAUGAGUUUUCUCUCAUCGCGAAAGUUAGGAAUCAUCUUAAGCACGAUUCACAUUUCGCAAAAGGUGUCGGAGGGCAAAGAUCUGCAGGCGAUGUCGUUCUUCGUGGACAUCAUCACCGAGGACUCGUUCUACGAGAACCUGACCUUGGGCGUGGUCAAGAUCCUCGAGAACUCGCCGUGCGUGAAAAACGUGCGAGUCGAGAGGCGAAACGGCUGCGAGCUCGGAGCCAUCACCAGCUGGGAGCAACGUCACUGUUGCGCGCUCCCGGAGAACAUUCGGAAUUUCUACACGUCCAUCGACGGAUUUCUGCUGCUGUGGAACCUCGACGUAGCGGGUGAGGAAUUCCCGAUCGGCCGCAUGGAGAUCGGCAGUCUCUCGUCCCUGAAGAGAUACGUGGGUAAGGAUAGGCAGACGGGACCGUCGACGCAAGACUCGUCAUCGGGAACUCAAACGGAGGAGCCUACAACGGAAGCGGAAGGCGGUGGCACGGACGUCCUGCUCUCCGGGGACUCACGCGACUGCAAGCUCUUCGAGAUUGGUCAGUGUCAUCCAGGGACCAGCAACGGUAAGGUCUACCUCGCGUACCGUUCCAAGCAAGAGCAAGAUUCACCGAGUAUCUGGCUCCAGCGGAACAGCAGCUGGUAUCAACUGGCCGACGACUUCAACACGUACUUCCGCAUGAUGCUGGCCCACUUGGGCUUGCCGCUGUGGCAAUGUUGCGUCGUCGGCCUGCCGUUGCCCACUUGGGUCGAGCAGGCGUACUUCCUCGUAGGACCUCACCUGCUGCCGUCCACCGUCGAGCCCAACGAGACCGUGUCCACGUCGUUGUGGAACAACGGACCCAUCAACGUCUUGGAUCCGGCCAUUUUCAAGGCCAAGGACGGCAAGCAGAGGAACGCUCGCAAGAAGUGAACCACAAGUGGACUCGAUUGCUCUCGAUUGCUCGAGAUGUAUUUUAGCGUGCGCGAAGAAGCGCGUUGCCUUUCGGUCGAGUAACACGAAUACACGAUUAGUGGUAGUUGAUGACGAUACGAUGGCGGGAUGUGUCUCGGGCUCACAGAACUGUGAAUACUCGGAUCUCGGAGAUUUCCAGACUCGCCGGAUUUGGAACUCAUCGCUCACGUCUCACGAGAUAUGAACGCUUGUUCUACAUUCGGGACAUGGCAAAUAUAUUAAAAUCCGAGCGAGAGAGAAAGUGAACAUUAAAGCGACUGAUGUAUUCACAUUCUCCUGAUGAUGUGUUCAGAUUUCCCGGAAUAUCAUUAUCUCUGAGCUGGAAUCCGUCAAUCUGCGAGUCAAUCACCGAGAGUAAGUCUCUCUCUCUCUGGUUAUUCCAGGAUCGAUAUUAGCGAACGCGGGAUAAAUGACAGGGAAUCGAAUUUUAGGAAGUUUCGGCGGGUCGAGUCAACUCUCCGAGGAUCCGAGCAGCCGUUACUUUUCGGAUACAUUUCUACUCGAGAGCGAACAUCUCCGCUCCUUUCUCCAACGAACUGUCAUUCAGAAGAAGAACAAAGAAAGAUAAAAAAGAAAACAGAUACUCGAGGCGGAAUAAUAUUUGAAUUAUCGGCCUAUCGAUUGACACCCUCUAGAGCGGUAUUAAUUGCAACUCGAACGCUCUAACGGUACGGGCGGGAGGGGGGGGGGGGAGACCGAGUGAAUAAUUCGGCGAGAUAAAAGAGAGUUAGAGCUCCCCUCCCCCGCUGUCAACCCUUGGCCUAGUUGGCACGGCGAAGGCGCAAAAACGUUCAAUUGGCAACGUAGUUGGCGAAUGCAGUCCGCGACGGCACGCAGUCGCUCCGUUGCCACUCUCGCAAACGUCCGCGUCUGUCUCUUUUUUUUCGUCGUUUUACUUCGGUCGGUCGUUCCUGGUUUACAUUCGCGAGCGCGUUCGCGUAAUUCUGCUAUACGGGAGAUUCUCCGACGAAUGCGCAGUUUGCCUCGCUCGUUGUUCCGGUCGAGGAUUUACUCGGGAGAAUGUCGUUAUGAAAUUACUCGAUACUCGGUCGUCGCGCGGCGACGAGGAUAUCGCUGUCGGGGGGGUUUAUCCGGGUCGCGUCGCGAUGCGAGCGGCCAGCCGAGGAGAGGAGAGGAGAGGAGAGCGUCGCCGACGAUUUUGGCAAACGUAUGCCGCGACACACCUCGCGUUACGCGGCGUAACGCGGACGCGGCCACUUGGCACGCGUUGUCCUACCGACGACGUGUUCCGCGAGACAGGUGUCGAUUUUUCUCGUUACGUUCCUCGCUCCUCGGGAGUUAUUAUGCGAGUGAAACGACGCGCAGGCGACGAGUACGCGUCGCGUUGUAAUCUCCGCGCUGCGCGCGGUCGCGCGAGUUCGCCUCUAUGAUCGGACGAUGGAGGCCCGGUGUUGUUCCGAUUUCUUGGUAAGUUGACUGAUGGUUAAAUGAUACGUUUGUCUUUAUUUCUACUCCAUACGAUUUAGCUAUCAGUUAACUUACCAACCCGAGCAGAAGUCAAAUACGGCAAUUCUUUUACGGAAUGUGGCAAUUGUCGUUGCAAUAUUUUCCAGAUUAUAUCCCUGACCAGCGAUGACCAGUCGUUAUUUGGAUGCCUGAUUUUGGGUCCUGAUGGACAUUUCGUCAGGUUUCUCGAUCUCAGGCAAUUUUAUCAGGGCAUUCACUCCUUCUUACGUGCCGGAUCCGAUAAAGUUGUCCGGGCCCUGUUUGAAAUUUGGAAGCCGGAUGGGGUUUUGAUAAACGGGGCCGUGGGACGAUGUUCUGCUCGGGAAGGAGUUGGAACAAUCUGCCCGUCGAUUGUCGAUUGUUGACUGCGACGGAGCGGUCUUUAAUUACAACGCGAGCGAUAACGAAGUCCGAGACACGCGCUCGACGAGAUAUAUAUGGCGAAGGUUGCGAGCGAGGCUCGC